CCAGAAUCAAAUCCAGCAAGCCUGGUUCAACUUUUCAGCCGUGUCUGGAACUCUCUCCUUCCUGGACCUGCCACGUGUCUGUCUCCACAGCCUCAUCAGCUGCCACGUUUCGAGAAACGUGCCGCUAGCUGGCCUCUCUAACCUUCGAUACCAGUAUAUGUACUAUCCAUUACCCCAUUCAAUCCAACCACGCCACAAUCACCAUGAGAACAUUCAGCUGCAACAUUACUCCUUAUCCCACACCCACCUCUUUUUCUCCUUGUUCUCUUCCAAGAACCAAACUUCAUCCACCACCAUCGCAGCCAUUGAUCCCCAUGAGAAGAAAAAACCAGUGCUCAUUUGGGUUGGUGGCGAAGUGUGCCAAGUUGAAUCACCGACCUCAACAAGAAGCAGGAGAAGGAGAAGAAGAAGAAUGGAUCGAUGUCGAAUUCGGGAAGCUUGUGCAGGAGAAAUGCAGAGAAAGGAAAGGAGUUGUGGAGCUGUUGGAGUGCCUUGAGGCUGAAGCAAUCAUGGGAGAUGAUCAGGGGAAGAACCCUACUGAUUACAAUCGCAGAGCCCAGAUCUUUGAUACAAGCUCCAGAGUUUUCCAGGCUCUCAAGCAACAAGAUACCACCACUACAGCUCCACCUCAAUCUCAAGGCUGAAUAACUUCGAUUCUCGCGAAUUCGUCCGAUGAUUCGGAUCG